CAUCAUUUUCUGGACAAUUUGCUAAAUUGCAGCAAUGAUAUAAUUCUUGGAGAUAAAAAAGCUGCUGCAUUUAUCAAAAAUGUAUGGAUAAAGCUUUCUUUCCUUUGAAAAAAAAAUUGGUCGACUUUUGCGCGUGAAGACUUUGCUUUUUGAUAACCCGGCUCCGACUGACUUGACAGUUCAAAGUUGUUUUGUUCAGGAAGGGUCGUUUACCCAUUUACUUUAUUAGUGUAUUUGUUAUGAUUUUGACGUUGUUUUGUUAUGAAACUUUUAUUAAGUUGCACCAGUGCAUGGUAGAUAUAUAUGCCUAUGACGAAAAGACGGAAAACUGAGCAGGGAGAGGGGAAUUCAACUGAAAAAGAGAAAGAGAAAAAUCGGACGACAUCUGAUAAUAAAGAUGCCGUGAAAGAAGACAAACAAAGCAAGGGAGACCAUAAAAGCGAAACGAACGAUCGUAAACAUCCACAAACAGGACGUCAAGAUUCUUCUCAACAACCACAAGAUACCCAACCAAAGGUCCCACGUAUUGGUGCUGUAACAAGGUCAAGAGUUGUCAGAAAGCCUAAAAGAGACCUUAGUCCACCUCCAUCACCUACAAAGAAACCUGCUAAAGAGACAAAGACAAAUACUCCAGAGACAAAACAGAAACGUCAAUGGGAACUUUGGAGCGUUGAUGACAAGGACGCAUUCUUUGACGGAUUGUUUGAGGUUGGAAAGGACUUUGAUGGAAUUCAGACCUUGAUAGCACAGAAGAGUAAGAAGAAAGGAGUCACUCCAGCACUUGUGAAAAAUAAAGAUCAAGUUCGCCACUUUUAUUACAGAACUUGGCAUAAGAUAUCUAAGUUUAUCACAUUAACUCAAGAUGUGAAAAAAGAAUCUCAAGAAAUAUAUGGUUUGAUUAACUAUGGAGUUCUUAGGAAGAGGAUAAAAGGACUCAAUGAAAAAACAGGUGCCAAGUUAAAUGAUCUUGUACAUAAUGGGUUUACAACAGUGAAAAUAAGAGGCAAGAAUCUAAGAAUAAAGACACCAAUUUGCCUUGCACUGAAAAAGCUAAACAACAUCGACACAACAGAGCACAAAUGUAAUGCUGCAGACAGAAUUCCAAAUAAGAUACAUGUGGAAAUGAAUCCAAAGACUAAUGCCACAUGGAAUAUGAUACAGGAAAUGGCAUUUAAUCCACGUCUUAAGUUGAUGUUGAAACCCAAUAGAACAUUGUCGUCUGUCAUCACAUAUUUAAGUCAAAAAUGGAAGUCUCAUAGAUUAAAACUUAAGGAGAAUGUUCCUGGAGCUGAGACAGAACCUGUCCCCGUACUUACUGUUUAUCCCCACCCUGACUGUGAUAUUACUCCACUGACUUUACAAGCUACAAAAGAACCAAAAAUCAACAUCACGUUCAGUGACUACAGAGAAAAUAUGCAAUUAAUGAACUCUCCGAUAAUUUCAAAGGAUAAAAAAGGAGAAUGUACUAAAACUUCAUCGACAGUGUUUAGUGAAAAUUCUCAUUCUGUAGAUUUUAUGGACCCUAAAAAUGGGAUGUUUGAAUCACCAAAAUCUAGAGGAACUGUAAAAGACAGUAAAACAGGGAUGACUCCUUCCUCGUCCAUGUGUUGUAGUGUGUACAGUAAUGAUGCAGCGUUUCUGAGUGAGGGGGAAAACGCAAUGUUCCCAGACACACCUCUGUCAAGGAAUAAUUCCAAAAGUACUGAAAAUUUAACAGAGACUGACUCCACAGAUGGUACACCUCCAAGGAAGAAACAUCUGUCCGGGGGCACUGAAUCGGAAGUUGUGAAAAGUAGUGACAAUGAAGAUAAGUCGGAAAAAGAGGACCAAGAGUCCCUAAACAUUAAGGAAGCCUUUGAAAAAGGUUGGACUUCUACUAGUGCUGAAAAUUUGACUAUUGCCCAGUUGUUUCUUAUGAUUGGCAAAGACAAUAAGAUUCGAUUAGAGUAUGAUUUUUGUAAGGAAAGUACAAUUGAAGACAUUGUUAAAACACAAUUGACGAAUACUCUAAGACGAUUGGUGCAUUUGGCUGUCAUGGAGAUGACUGAUGUCAAGGGCAGUUCAUCAUCCUCAUCUCCUUGUCAUACAUGUGGUGCUGUUAGAGCAAAAGCAACAAAAGGUUGUGGUGUCAAAGGUCAAAGGGCAGUUGGUAAAAACCCAUUGUCUUCCCGGUCUGGCUCGGGUGAUGGAUUGGUUGAUGCUGGGACACAGACAACAUUUAAACUUGCAGAGCCAAUAAAUUCUAGUCAAGGUAAAGAGGCUGUGUUUAAAGUACCAGUAGCAGGGACAGCAUUUCUACAGAGAAAUACACUGCCACCUGGAUCUGUGCCUGCCAGUAGGUCACUUAAUCAAGCCUUUAAUGUUCUUGGACCUGGCUACAAAAGUGGAAGGAAAAUAAGACAGAUUAACAGAAAGCCAAUGGUUGUACAGAGAACAAUACUGCCUAAAGCACCAAAUUAUUUUCUCGUCCAACCUAACGGACAAAACUUAAAAACUGUGAUAAAUGUGCCAAACUCUAUACCUAUUUUAUCCAAUGUUAGUACUGCACCUCCUGCAUGUACAACAGUGAAAACUGUACAGUUAGAUGUUCAGUCCCAUUCCCAAACUACACUUACUUUAAAUCCUAGUCAGUUAGAAGUACAGUCCCAGCUUACUCCUAGUCAGAUACAUGUACAGAACCAUGGGUCAAGUCAAUUAAAUGUACAAAAUCUUGGACCAGGUCAGCUUAAUGUACACAAUCCUGGACCAGGGCAGGUUAAUAUACGAAAUCCAGGACCAAAUCAGCUGAAUGUACAGAAUCCAGGACCAUUACAGACUAUUAUGAUGGGCCCUGGACAUUUACCAGUGAAAAUCAACCAUGUGAAUUCCACUGAGAUUACAGCAAGUUCAUUAGAGAUAACAGCGGGUACCACAGUAAACAUUUAUACAUCAGCAGCUACAAGUCACAAUGAUGUUGUCACUACAUCGUCAACAGUGCAGGGUUCUUUGUCACCGCCAAGUAUUUCAAAUCUGCUGGACAUGUCUUUCUCAGGUUUUGGGACACCAGGGAGUGAUGGUGAAAAAUUAUUUGAGAUGGCUCUAGAAAAUGGAUCUUCAUUUGAACCUUUGUUAGACGAAAGUGCAAAUAAAGAGACAGCACAAGAUAGGACACUUAAAUCUGAACCUGUGAAAGCUAUUUUUAGAAGUCCUGUGUGUACAUCAUCGUGGAUGAACGGAGAGGUUGGUGAUAUUUCUUUUAUGUCGUUACUGAAUGAGACAGCCAAACCAGACCCUAUAGUAUCUACAGCAACCUUACAACCACAGACAUUUUUCUUUGAGAAUUCUCGAGAUUCAUCGAUUAUGGGGAAGUUUGAUGUAGAUACAUUGAUGAAUGAAAGUAGUUUAGAUUUUGUUGCCAAGUUUGCUGACCUCCAGGCUUUAACACAAGAAGAUCCUAUGGCAGACCUUACCAACUCUAAGAAGACCAUCUCAAAUGGAUGACUUUGUUUUAUGCUGUUUUUUUACAUUUUUAUCUACUUUCUGUCCACUCAAUACAAAACAUGUUUUUUACCCAGCCUCUGAAAGUGCUUCAUUAUUUAUUUAUUUUCUGUCUGAAGUAUUUUUAGUUUUAAUGCAUGAUGCUAAUGAAUAGAGAUGACCAAACAAUGGACCCAGAAUGUAGUUGGUGAAUCUAAAAUUAAGGAACCCACUUUUUUAACCAUUUGUAAAAGCUUAAGUGCAUAUUCACAAGUUUUUAUGGUAGAGAUUUCUUUUAUUUUAAAAUAUGUUGUUACCUAUAAUAUUCUGUUCAAAAUUAAUGAAAAAUGAAGUACUUUGACUUUUCCUACCGAAGGUCGUUGGUACUCUCUAGGUACCCUGGCUUCCACCACCAAUUAAAAACUGACGGCCACAAAUAGCACAAUAGUGUUGAAAGUGGCAUUAAACACCAAUCAAUCAAUGAAAUACUUUGAUAGAAAAGAUUAUUUUGAAAUACAUGUAUUUGCUGCAAAAAUAUAUAUUUUAAUUUUAUUUGAUAUGGAAGUAAAAGGAUGAAAAUAUCUGCGUUAUAUGGAAUAAAUUUGAAGAUAAAUAUUGAAAGUUUACAAAAACAUGUCUUCCAUUUUGAAAAUCCUGACUUUAAAAUGUAUUAAUGUGUUUCGUGCUGACAUUAAUUGGCAAUAGCAUAUUUGAGUAUAAUUCAUAAAGAAUUUAGUUCCUACAAGAAAACAAUAUAUAUCCCCAUAUGAUUUUUAGAGAAGUUUGUUUAUUUGUUUGUCACAGUAUGCAUAAUGUGGAUUUAUAUCUGACUCAUGAAUGUAUGUUUGAAUAUAUGUCUCCACUUGUGUAUCCUAGUACAUUGCUGUCUUCAUCAUGGUUAUAUUUCAGAUACAGUCCCUGUUUUCCCAUAGUGCUUAUAAUAUUUGUGUGGUCAUUAGUUCAGAGCAAAUAUGAGUGAUCUUCUUUAGUUGUGAGUUGCUAAAAGGACAACAAUUAUGCCAAGGUGUUCAUGAUUUCUACUACACAAAAAAUGAACUUGGAAGUAUUAUCAGCCAAAAUUUUACUUUUUUGUUUUAACUAAUGGAUCUAAUUUAAGAUAGUCUUGAUUAUGGUUGUGUUUAAAACCUGACUAUGAAUUGUUAUUUUUGACCGAUAUACAAGUAAUUUGUGAAAUUUAUAAAGUUUUUGCUGGUAACAGGUAUGUCUAUUCAUAGGACUACCUUGUGAGAAAAAAAAAGACUGUGUUCAUUAGAUAUGUUGCAUAAUAGGUGUUGAUUGUAUUUAAGUAUGAUACCAGUGAAACUUGUGUUUUCAUCUAUGUUACAAUUUUUAUUUAAAUUGAAUUACUAAACAUAUAUUGAUAUAUAACUAGAGUUUUUGUCUUGCUUGCAUGGAAAGAUGUGAAUGGUGAGACUGGGAAUUACUCUUCAAAUAUCAAUUACAUUACAUUGAAUAUUUCUGUGUGGUAUUUGUCAUGACCUUCUUGGAUUGGUUUCCAUGCUAGGCUUACAGCAUUGUAUUUGUUUAUUCAUUAUAAGUCAACAGGUUUCCUUUGACUUUCACCUUAGAUUCAGGGUUCAUUCACUUUUUAAAUAUAUGGCAGCAGGCUUGAAGUCAAUAUGUCAAUUCUUGUUAUUUUUCUUUUUCUAACUUGACUUUUGAUCCAUACAAUUCAUACAAUAUAUUCCCUGCUCUUUAAUAUUAUUUUUGUAGAUUGUACACAAAUAUAAAAUCUAUAUGCAUGUUGAUUUCAUAUCAGUUUGGUAUAAUUUAAGUAUAAAAAAUGAAAUACUGUUAUACAUCAAACUUUCAUCCCAGAACUAAACAUUUUUAUUAUUCUGUUCACUUCUUUAAAGCAUAUUGAUAGAGCUUUGAAUACACCAGAUUUUGUGUAAUCAACUAAUCUUACAGUUUUCAAUCAUCAUCCUUAAUACUUUACACAAAGAUUACAGUCUACCUGCUUUUAUAUACUUAUUUGAAGAAAAUUUCCCCAUAUUUCCAGACUUAGGAACUUAGUCAUUUUUUAGCAAAUUUUCAGAAGACGGUACUAAUUUUGUGUAGAUAACUCCUCUUGCAGUUUUAAACUCGAAUCCUUGAAACUUCAUAGCAAGUUUGAACACCUAUUGUAGUAGUAAACCUCCCAAUAUAAAUAUAUAAAUAUGUAGUGGUUUAAAGAUAUUUUUCCAUUUAUACUUCUAUGUACUUUUAUGAUCAUUAUAGACUAUUCUUCAUUGUUUAAGAAACAAUCUUAGCAAGUUAAAGUCUUUGAUCAAUUUUUAAGACAUUCAGCAUGCUUUUAGAACUGCAGGUUUUUGUAAUUUUAUAAAUAAAUCUUGCCAAAAAUUCUACGUUUCAUUUUAACUGUAUGUGAGACAUUCAUAAAAAGUGUGAAAAAAGUUAACUAUUUAAUAGUUUUACUAUAGCAAACUGCAUUUAUAUGUUAGCUCUCAUUGAAAGCAAACCAUGUCAAUAUGUAUUUGAAUAUCCCAUGUUUUUGAUUAUUCAAUGCUCAUUGUGAGUCAAAAUUAUAAGUAAUUUGAAACCAGGGUCUUCCUACAUGCAAUAGUAGUAGUGUUUAUUUGAAAUUAGACGUAAAAACAUAUUGGUAAUAAACUCUUCAUUCAUGUGUGAUAUAUUAAUUCUUACUACUACACUAAAGCAUCUUUUUUUAAAGGGGGUCAUGUCACAUACUUUUACAUACGUCCAUUAAUCUAUACAAGAUACAAGUUUAAAGAUUGCACACAGACUAUGUCGAUAUAGUAUAUAAUGCAUGGUAAAUUUUAAAGUUACACGAGCAAAUCACACAUUUAAAUGUUCAUUAUGUUCUAUAAAUGAUGUAUAUUUAUGAACCAAUCAUUUUCAUACAAUGUAUAGAUUUAUAUAUCGAUACCACCAUUGCUAUAUUCCUCAUUUUAAAUCCAUAAUUGUAACCAAAUAGAUGUGUACUGCCCACCAUUAAUGAGUAUUUACACAUGAAAAAGAUCAGAAUUUCUGUUACAGAUUCUUUUGAAAAUUUAAUUUGCAAGUUCAGAAGCGUACUAUUUUAAAAAAAUUUGAAAAACUGGAAAUUUUUUCACAUAGAAGAGAUUGUGUCUUGAAGUUUUACAGAAAUAACAGGAUUAUAUUAUUAAGAGUCCACAGUAUAAAAUCAUACAUGAACGAUUUAGAUUACUUGAGUUUGAUGAUUUUUCCAGAGUUAAAAUUUAUUUACUUUUUAUCAAGUAAAAUACGAAUUAUUUAUCAAAUUAUUUGAUGGUAGGCAGUAUAUUUUACAAUACACAUUAUUAAUUAUUUACGUAUAGUUACUUCCGUUGUUCAUUGCAGGGAUAAUAUUCCUGACAUUAAGGCAGCUUUUCAAGUAGGUUUGUUGUUAAAUAUAUACAUGUUCAUCAUUUUCUAAAAUGGCUGAUUUAAAAUCAAAUUUAAUGGCAUCAGUAACUUAGUUUUGUAUGUUGUAUAAAUGUCAUUAUUUACAUCUAUACAGCAGAAGCACUUAUAUGGACUUAUUUGUUUCAAGUGGUCAAUUCUACCUAAAUUGUUUUAGAGAGCUUUAAAAAGAAAAGAGAAGGGGGGAGGGGGGGGGGGGGGGGAUAGCGUUUGCAAUCAGCAUUGGUAAUGUUCCUGAAUAUUCAUGUAACAGUUGCCCUGGAAGUCAAGCAAACAACAAUCAAUUGAUAAGAAUCAAUGAGGUGGAAAACCAGAAAAAAAUACCAGAAUUAAGCAUUUUGUUUCAUUCAUCUGUUCCAUUUCUGCUUCAAAGGAGUGUUUUAAGGUUUCUUCUACAAUCUUGAUAGCAUUGACCACUUGCAAAAAAGUGAAAAGUUUUCUGCUGUAUAAGGGAUAUUCCAUUAUAAUGAAAGGGAAGUUGGGAAAGGACUUGCAAAAUCCUCUCACAACCAACAUACUUUCUUUCAGGAAUUAUGCAUACUACACCAAAUGCACUUAAAUCCAUAAAUGACCCACCCUUAUUAGAAUUUCCCUUCCUACCUUUCACAUCAAUGGAAUAACCCAAUACUGAUCAGACAUCAUAAUAUGUAUAUUUUGCAAUAUUAUUUUAACAUCCAGUAGAGGAUUAUUUCAUUUGGAUAAUAUCUGGCGAAUCAAUAUUUGAACUUGAGAUUUUUGUAGCUGUGAUUUAUUUUAUGAAUUAGACGACUUCAAUCUUGAAGGUGAACAAUGCAAGUUAAAGCCUAUGUUUGGCAUUAUAUAAUUUUCUUCUAUCUUUUAAAAACCAUGUAGAAAUUUGAAAAUUUUAUUUUGUUAGACUGUAUAAAAAGAAGAAAAUAUAUUCCUUCUUUAAUGAAAGAGCCAUGAGAAAUAUAGAAAUAUAUCAAGUCAAACAAUACAUGGUAAUUACAAGAAUGUGAAGAUGGUGGAUAUUUUUGCAGGAAAUUAAAAUGUUGGCAGCUGAUUUAGUAACUUUUAAGAAAGACAUUUUUUUUAAUAUGAGUAUGAAGUAAUACAGGAUUUCAUUUUGUGUUAGCAGUUAAGUGGUGUAAAAAUACUUUUUUUUUUGUUUAUCAAGUGCUAUGCAAAGUUUUAAGUUACACAAACAAAUCUGUCUCUAUACAUUAUGAAAGUAGCCAGCGGCUCAUUACACAAAAAAUGUAUAAAUACUAUCAAGUCCUGAACAUUUCAGUAUAACUUAUGAUCAGUUUUAGCCCUAAAAUGUUUUGUGAAAAAAGCCCCAGACUUUAAAAUUAAAAUGAAUUUAAACUUUUCUUUUAGCCAAAAAAAGUUUAAGUUAAAAUUCUGUUGUUUCCGAUUAGUCGUUCUGAAUUUGCACACUAAUAUGGUGUAUUAGUCAUCAAAGACUUCAAUAGUCAGACGAUUUGUCAUUGUAAUGAUUCAACUUGGUUAGAAUCCGGGUAUGGAGUAAAGCUUAAUUUCAACAGUGAUUCAAGUUUUGUAGGAAAGUUUAAAACAGCUUAAUAAAAAAAUUACAUCUUUUACUUUGUAUACUGUUAAGUUAUUAGAUUUUUUCCCAUUUAUUUUGCAAGACAGUGUAUUAUAGAUACCAGCUGUAAUAUUUGUAGAACUUACCAGAUACCAGUAAUGUUAAAAUAUGGUUAGUGCCUCAAACUAAAAGUUGUUUUCUUUGAUAAUAAAGUUUUGGUUUAACUUUAUGACAAAGUUUAAUCCUCUGUUUUACACAAGAAAAUACUGUAAUUUGACAAAACUUUAAACCGAGUGUAUUUUUGAAGAUCUGUUUGUGUUUUUAUAAGUAGCAAGAAGAAAAUGUUAUGCUUUAUUUAAAAACCAAUAAUAAAAGGUUUGUUUGAAGACAGACAGUGUUUUACUGAU